CCACCCCGCCUCUGCUCACUCCGACCCAGCCGCUCCUGCCCUCGGGGCAGCUUGCCCGGCGAGUCGCGGAGAGGCGGCAGGCAAGCGAUGAAGACGGGGAGACUCCGGGCGAGAGGAGGCGGGGUGGGGGAGGCCGGGAGAGCGCGCGGGCGGAGGCUGGCAGGGGGCGCUGGAGGCCGAAGCCGCCGGGGCGCUCCUCGCGCCCGAGGGUGCAGGAGGCUCUGAGCCGCGGCGGCAGCGCGAGCCUCCGGGGCACGGGCGGCGGCGGGGCUGGAAGUGGAGGCGCUGCCGCCUCCGGGGGCGUCGCCGGCCUCGGCCCCUUUGUUCUCGCGCGCUCCCUCUCGCCGCCCACUCCCCUGCUGUCGCGCGGCGGCGGCGGCGGCGGCUCCUCCCGCCCGAGGCGGUCGGGCUGGGCGCCGGGGGCGGGAGGGGGCGGGGGGAGCGCGCCAGCCGACGGGAGUGGGGGGCGAUGGCGAAGCUCCGGGUGGCUUACGAGUACACGGAAGCCGAGGACAAGAGCAUCCGGCUCGGCUUGUUCCUCAUCAUCUCCGGCGUCGUGUCGCUCUUCAUCUUCGGCUUCUGCUGGCUCAGUCCCGCGCUGCAGGAUCUGCAAGCCACGGCGGCCAACUGCACGGUGCUGUCGGUGCAGCAGCUCGGCGAGGUGUUCGAGUGCACCUUCACCUGUGGCGCCGACUGCAGGGGCACCGCGCAGUACCCCUGCGUCCAGGUCUACGUGAACAACUCCGAGUCCAACUCCAGGGCGCUGCUGCACAGCGACGAGCACCAGCUCCUGACCAACCCCAAGUGCUCCUAUAUUCCUCCCUGUAAGAGAGAAAAUCAGAAGAACUUGGAAAGUGUCAUGAAUUGGCAACAGUACUGGAAAGAUGAGAUUGGUUCCCAGCCAUUUACUUGCUAUUUUAAUCAAUUUCAAAGACCAGACGACGUGCUCCUGCAUCGCACACAUGAUGAGAUUGUCCUCCUGCAUUGCUUCCUCUGGCCCCUGGUGACAUUUGUGGUGGGCGUUCUCAUCGUGGUCCUGACCAUCUGUGCCAAGAGCCUGGCCGUCAAGGCCGAAGCCUUGAAGAAGCGCAAGUUCUCUUAGCGGGGAGUAGACGUGUGGAAAGCAAAGCACAGAAGCUGCACCCAUUGGCACACAUCUACCUGCAGAGCCUGUUUCCGGCGCAGGAGAUGGAAGGGGCUGUGAGAGGUCUCAGAGAGGCUCCUCCCUCAAUGGCAGCAGCAACAGGCACAACUGGAAGACUUAGAACCUCAUAGAUAAUAUUCUAUGUGUUGUAGCCAUGGCUAAAGGGUCAAGCUCUUAGCUGUAUGGAGUAAAUUUCAGAAAAUCUGAUAAAAUGUUAAUUUUUUUGAAAGUCACAGUGUAUAAUUGUACAGUGUAGUAUACAAAUUAUUAUGAUUUAUGGUAUUUAAAAAUAUUAAACUAGAGUGGUCUGUG